UUCAGUAGGCUAGCUAGAUAGAUGUUUGGAAGUGAACGCUUGAGGAGAUCAUUCACGCCGGCUGUUUUCGAGUGUGUCCAAAAGGGGGCGCUGUAACCAUCUUCAACUACUAACUGAAAAAGUGAACAAGACGUCACGAAGAUCACGUUGCCCAAAGAAGAGGCAGGAUUGACGAACACAUGAAAACAUUAGUGGCCGUAUGGAUCAGUCUCUUUCCUGCUGAUAAUUUGUCUGCUCAAGGUGUUGACCCAUAGUCAAGUCCUACACACAUAUGGGAAGAUGUCAGGCACAUGCCAGGACCGAAGUAGCCGGUGGCAGGACAUUCAGAAAGGCCUACAAUUCAUUCAAUCUACCCUGCCUUUUCCUGGCUCUCAGGAGCAGUAUGAGGUGUUCAUUCAGAGUUUGGUGAGGAAUCUGUUUGGCGAGGGAAAUGAUGUGUUCCUUGAAGGCGAAUGGGCACGAUCUGUUGAGUUAUACACAGAGGCCUUAAACAUAGCAGAGUAUGCCGAAUCCGAGGACAUCAUCAUCCCUCAAGAAAUAAGGGAGAAGCUUCAUGCGAACCGUGCUGCAUCCUACUUGAACAUUGGACUGCACGAUCAAGCCCUAGAGGACUCUGAAAAAGCUCUUCAACUCAAUGAAAGCAACUACAAAGCACUUUACCGGAAAGCUCGGUGUCUGAAAGAGAUGGGAAGACAUCAAGAGGCGUACGAGGCGGUUGCUAAAUGCUCCUUGGCAGUGCCUCAGGACACACGUGUGAUUGAAAUGACCCAGGAGCUUGCCAAAAUGUUGGGAUUGAAAAUCCGUAAGGCUUAUGUGAGAAACAAGCCUGCCUUAAAUGUUUUGCCUGGUGCAAGUUUAUCAGGUGCAGUUAAUGAUAAGCAUUCUCAAAGCUCUGCAUCUGUGGAGGAUAUUGAAAUGGAAGUGGGCCAGUCUAUGCAGGGUAUGGAUGGCCCAGUACCAGUCAGCAUGCCAGUAUGUUCUACUGUAAGUGAGAUGGAAGAAGUAGAGUCUAAGCCUCUCGUCAGUGUCAUCUCACCUCCGGUAGCCCCUGUUGAGAGCCAUCACCCAGAGCCUGUUCCUAUGCCAUUACAUAUGCCUCUGGUUAAUGGAACCAGGCCCAAUGACUCUUACGUAGUACAAGACAACCGCUUGGACUAUGAUACAGAUAUUAUUGGGGAUGAUCUGGAUGAGCUGUUGGACAGAGCAAGUCCUUCCAAUUCUUCUUUGGAUAUUCCUACAGUGGACGGACCUAUUCCUUUACCGACCAGUAUUGCCGUCAGUAGUUCGAUACCGAGUCCUUUGCUCAUGCCUUCUCACCUGAGCCAUCCAUUUUUCAGUAUGGCUCCACAGUGCACGAUAAAUUUGCCCGCACCGUACCACAAGCCAAUUUCAUCGUAUCCUCUUGGUCUGGAUACAUUUUCCUCAGCACUGGAUUCAUUGGAUAGUUUGUCGAUUUCAGAUUCUCAGACAGAUAAAGCCUUUAGCCAGCAACAUUUUAUGUCGCUGGGCAAUAGCAACAUGACAGUGCCAACCAUUCCACCCAUUGGGAUGGGUUUCAGUACAUCCGAUGGGGCAUUUGUGCAGGAUUAUCCGCAGCAGCUAGACCUUGCCAAGAACCCACUUGCUGAUACACAUGAUUUUAAACAGGCCUGUUCCUCAUGCUACAUUAAAACUGGACCUGGAGUGCUGGAUUACACUUACCAUCCAGAGGACCACAAAUGCAAAAAAGAUUUGCUUUUGGGUCGAACAAAACAUGCAGAACUUCCAACAUGGAAGCUUAUUCGCCCGAGACCCACUAAAAACCAGUACAUGGGGCCUUAUUAUAUUUGCAAAGAUGUGGCGAUGGGACAAGAAUGCCGGUAUCUUGGCCACUGUACCUUUGCUUAUUGCCAAGAAGAAAUUGAUGUGUGGACGCUAGAACGCAAAGGCUUCAUCUGCAGGGACAAUCUGUGUGAUCCUUACGGAUAUAGACCUAAGAUCAAUUUGACCGUGGCCAAAAUCCUACAGGAGCACCAUGGGAUAUUUAUGUUCCUCUGUGAGGUGUGCUUUGAUCACAAACCCAGAAUAAUCAGCAAAACCAAUAAGGACAACCCCGGUCUAUGCUCUCACCCAGUGACAAAGCAUGCGUUUGAGGAAAAGAAGUGCCUUGUACACUAUUUAAGGGACAAAACCGUCAGGUAUUCCAAAAUCCGUCCAUACAUCCCUCUUUGCCAGAUGGAUCUGUGUAGGCAUGAGGUGCGAUAUGGCUGCCAGCGUGAGGAUUCCUGCUUUUACGCCCACAGCCUCAUCGAGCUCAAAGUGUGGAUGAUGCAGAGUAAACAAGGUAUCACACAUGAAGGUAUUGUUCAGGACUCACAGAAAUAUUGGAAUAUGGAUGCUGCAGUUCAAGCCCAGGAGCUCCCACCAGCCUUGCGUAGAUUUGGGCCAGCUAACCUGAAGAUGCAGUUUGUAUGUGCUCAGUGUUGGAGGAAUGGCCAAGUCAGCGAGCCAGACAAAAACAAGAAGUACUGCAGUGCCAAGGCCAGGCAUCCUUGGUCUAAAGAGAGACGAGUGGUUCUGGUUAGUUCUAUUGAACGGAAAAAGUGGACUACAGUUCGACCUCUCCCAACAAAAAAGCCUGUUCCUGCUCAGUUUGAAAUUUGCUUGCACGUGGCAGCAGGCAAAAAGUGUCAGUACAUUGGAAACUGCACAUUUGCUCACAGCACAGAAGAAAGAGAUCUAUGGACCUUCAUGAAAGAUAACAAUAUUGCAGACAUGGAGCAGCUGUAUGAAAUGUGGCUGCAGUCUCAGAAGCCGGGCUGGAGCGAGGAGAGCACCAACAUUGCAACUCGAGAGAAUGGCAAACAGAUUCACAUGCCCACAGACUACGCUGAGGAAGUGGCUGGCAACCAUUGUUGGUUGUGUGGGAAGAACUGCAACAGUGAUAAGCAGUGGCAGCAGCACAUCACCUCCGAGAAGCACAAAGAGCGAGUGUUCAACUCUGAGGACGAUCAGAACUGCUGGCAGUAUCGCUUCCCCACGGGCACCUUCAAAGUUUGCGAGCGGUUCCUCAAGGGCACCUGCACGGAGGAAGAGCUUUGUAAGCUGGCGCAUGGAGAUGAGGAGCUGAAGGAAUGGAUGGACAGAAGAGAAUUCCUUUUGAUGAAGCUCGCCAAAGCCAGAAAAGAUCACUUGAUAGCACCAAAUGAUAAUGACUUUGGCAAAUAUAGUUUUCUGCUUAAAGAUAUUAAGUAAUGUUUUAAUUAAUCUGAAUCUUUUGAUGCAGGGUGUUCUGGAACUAUGAUGUCUUGAGUUCAGUAUUGAAUCAGGCGUGUCCGUGGAGUGGGAGGACAUCCUCCUUCUGGGUUUUCACGGAAAGCACAGAGCUGGCCUUGUGUUCUGAGUAAUCACGGCUUUGUUGCUUUGAUCACCGGUUAAAAGUAAACGCCUUUUAUGUUUCUCUUAUUAAAUAGCACACAGCGGAUCACCUUUCAAGAACAGAAUUUUGUUAAUGAAACCCAAAGCAGAAGUGCAGUAUAGGCAUGGCAAGAAAUGAGGCACAUAGUGAGAUAUGCCCUCUGAGAAUCCCUUUGAAUGUUUCUGUGACGAAUUCCCGCCUUUUUUAUUUGUUUUGGAAUGUUCGGUCCUGCAUCUCUCGGUUAUUCUACAUCUGCACCAAAUUACUAUGUUGUCUGCUUGCUGUGUUAAUGCCUGUUGGUAUUAUAUGGACCGACAUAAACAAUAAAGUCUUCAUCUUUU